CUUUUACUUAUCAAGACACAACGCGCAUUGGCAAUCGUGUGUUUUCAUUCCAAUCCAAUUCAAGGUUAUUAUCCCCCCGGUCGAUCACGGUUUGUCUGUGCUCUUGCCUAGUGCUUCUUAUUAGCUUCCUUCGCCCCAUCGCGCUUUGUUGUGGUGUGCGCCCACACUACCGAUUUGUGGUGACGUCUUAUCCCUCGACGUUACCAGAGCGGCCAGACGCGCCUGCAACGUGGCGCCGCAUCUUACUCGACUGGACUUUCUCCUGUCCACCCCCCAUCUCUCCUGCCCCUCUUCCAUCUUCUAGCGAACCAUCUCUGUCUGAGGUGAAUUUCAUCAUGGUGCGAUCCCUGCCCAAGAAGAACAACCCUCUCAUCCAGACGGAUGGAGGCCCGGCCUAUGAAGAACUUUUGAUGCGCCGCCGUCUGGGAAAGACCAAUCUCGCCGUCAAGGCGACCCAGAUUGGCACGUCCAAUGCGACCAGACCGGAAAACCUGGGUCCGUUCGAAUAUGCCCAUCUGCGCGCCCCGUUACCCAAAGACCUCAAGGGUUCGGAGAUUUUCCCGUCCCAUGCGCCAGCGCAACAUCCGGAGACUUAUUUCUUGAUGCGACGUAGUAAGGAUGGGUUUGUCAGUGCGACUGGCAUGUUCAAGAUUGCCUUCCCUUGGGCCAAGCUCGACGAAGAGCGCUCCGAACGGGAAUACCUGAAAGCGAAGGAGGGAACUAGCGAAGAUGAGGUUGCCGGCAAUGUGUGGAUCUCACCCAUUCUCGCCCUGGAGCUCGCAAAAGAAUACAAAAUGUACGACUGGGUCCGCGCGCUUCUGGACCCGGCCGAAAUCGUCCAGAGCCCAUCGAGCCAGAAGAAGCUGAUCACGCCCCCGCCGCGGUUCGACCUUCCCCCCAUUGAUGCCCCCGUACAGUUCUCCGUGGCCCGUUCCCGGACCCGCCGUUCGGCCUCGCCCAGCAAGUACGUGGGUUCGCCGCGGAAGUCCCGUCAGACCAAGGCCCAGAAGGAGGCCAGUGCGGCGGCAACGAGUGAAGCCAACGCCAACCUUCAAUCGUCGUUGGAUAUGACUGCGUCGACCGCUGACUCUGAAUCGUUGAACGGCAUUCUCCCUAGCGUGGAGGAUGUGGAAGAAAAGACAACCGCGAGCCCCAAGAAGUCGGCCCAGUCGAAGUCCAAGAAGAGCAACUGCUCUCGCGCCAAGCGGGAAGCUGUGAACACGGAAGACCAAACCGAAAGUGAGAAGACGUCUGAGAGUGUCCGGGUGGAAGUGGAAAACCCGGCCGAUGGCGAGAUCCCUGUUCGCACCACUCAGACGACAGUCCCCAUCGACAUGCCCAUCACCCUUCCCGAAGCCCCGUCGGCGGCCGAAACGGAGAAGAUGAUCGCAGAGGCCAAGCAGAUGGUGCAAGAAGUCGUUGAUGCCCAUGCUGAAGAUAAGGCCACCGGUGAACCGUCGUCGGCCAAGGCGGGUAAGGUUGUGAAGAAGCGCAAGCCGGAAGAUUUGAGCGACGACGAGGAGGACGAGGAAGCCAAAACCUUACGGACCAAACGGGCGAGGGUGUUGGAGGAUAAGCUUAAGCGUGAACGCGUCAGGAAUCGUGCGCUUGUCGGAGUCACCGCUGCCUUUGCUUUUGCUGCUUCGAUCCCCUACUUUUUCUAGAUGCGAAACGAGAAUCCGGCAACGGUAUACGUCUGCUGGCUGGAUGACCCCACAGAGGCCGACCUUCACCUACAGCGUUUCGCCGUCGCCGCUCAUUCUUGCCAAAACCCCCAUUGUUCUGAAUUAUGCCCAUGCCCUUACUCCAGCCACUCUCCGCCCUUUGCUACUUCCAUUACUUUUCGUUCGAUCCCCUCAUUCUUCAUGUAUCGUAUUGACUCAUAUCGCUGUUUAUUAUCAUUGACGAUGCACCCUUCCUUGCCGACAGUACGGAGUAGGAAGGGUGUCGGUGUCUCGGGGUUGGUCGGUGGAUUGGAGGUUGAGAUAGGUUGUCCGGAGCCGUUCAUUGCUUCUUUGUGCUCCUUUCCUGUGUGACAUUUCCUAUUAUUUUCCUGGAUACCUGGUAUACUUUUAUAAUCCUAUUGCCUAUUAUCUAUUGAUCUGGUGUCGGAUGGAUUGUGGGACGGAGUAAAUACAGAAUUGCCAGGUUGCUUAUUAUA